UCGUUGUUUGUCUGUUAUCAUGAUGUUGUUCGAAGAGCAUGGGUUUGAGUUUAUCUGAUUAAUUUGUAUUCAGCCUUUUGCAUUUUCAACUCGAUCAGGUCAAUUUCGAAUUACGCUUUUAACAUUCUUCGUUGUGUUCUUAUCUUUUUGGCAGUUGGGGGUGUACAUAUUUCAAGAAUGGAAUUGAGCGUGCCUCUUAUUAGAUUCGUAGUGGCUGAUGUUUCAAACUUUCAACCAAUUCAUUUUUUGUAUUUCAAAUUUCCUACUUCCUAUUCAAUUUAUGGAGUUGCAAGGAAUGCUUUCACCAUAAAAGUGGAUUUUUUAUUUUUUAUUUUGAUAACUCAGGUGUCCGGGACAGCUUACAGGCAUCUCGACUAAUCCUGGGGCCCAAUCCCACCGUCUACUUGCAGAGAGUCCGAUUAAAGCUGGAGCAAAACUCCAUAUGGAUUGGCCCCAAAGGUGUUGAUAGCACCUAAGAGGUUUUAAACCUGGGACCUUAGGAGGAUCGGCUUAAAGCAGUGGCGAUAUUAUGACUUCGGUCCAAAAGUUGUUCCUCCACUUAUAUGUCUUCCUGGCACAGCAGGAACAGCUGAUGUCUACUACAAACAAGUUAUGUCCUUGUCAAUGAAGGGUUAUCGGGUCAUAUCUGUUGAUAUUCCACGUGUAUGGAACCAUCACGAGUGGAUUCAAGCGUUUGAGAAGUUUUUGGACGCCAUCGACGUUCAUCACGUACAUCUUUAUGGUACUUCCCUGGGAGGAUUAUUAGCACAACUAUUCGCUCAGCAUCGCCCUCGUCGUGUCCGAUCAUUGGUGCUCUCAAAUACGUUUUUGGAGACGCAUGACUUUGCUGCUGCAAUGCCAUGGGCUCCUGUUGUUGGUUGGGCCCCUUCCUUUUUGCUGAAACGGCAUGUCUUAUCAGGAAUUCGGGAUGGUCCCCAUGAACCCUUUAUUGCUGACUCUGUGGACUUCGUUGUUUCCCAGGUCGAAACGCUAUCAAAAGAUGACCUAGCAUCAAGGUUGACUUUAACAGCAGAUGCCGCUUCAAUUGGACCUCUUCUGCUUUCUGAUUCUUUUGUUACUAUAAUGGAUACCAAUGACUAUUGUUCAACCCCGCAACAACUCAAAGAUCAAAUUUGUGAAAGGUAUCCAGGAGCAAGGCGAGCAUACUUGAAGAAUGGGGGUGAUUUUCCGUUUCUUUCACGACCAGAUGAAGUUAAUCUUCACCUUCAGCUGCACCUGAGAAGAGUAGGUGUUGAACCUCAGCCAGAUUUGGUCCGUGGCAUCUCACUGGAAGCUAGUGGUAGUGGCGGUGGCGGCAGCGGCAGCGAUGGUGAUGAUGGUGGCAGUGGGAGAUCUGGUAAACAAAACAAAGGAAAAGAAGAUGGUGAUGACGCUCCAAAGGAUGACAUGGGGAGUUCUGGAGACGCACCUCCCGAAAGUCAACCACCUCCAUCUCCAGAAAGUUCAGCUCCAGAAAGUCCUGAUUCUCAACUUUCAGACAGCCAGCUCCUCGGCAAUGCAAAACUUGGUUCUACUGGUGCCAAAUAUCUGCCACUCCAGUUAUUGCCUGCAAUUUUUGAAGAAUACCAAUACUUGAUAGCUGCUUAUACCUUUCUGCAUUUUGCAAGAGAGUUUUGUACUCUUUAUCUGCUCCCGUUUUACCUGGCAACGUUGUACAUUAAGUUGGAUUGGGUGUCUUGUCCGAAAUUUAGACAAGCUGUGUAGUUGCAUUGCAUGUACAAUUUUGUUUGUAGAUUUUACAUUAGUCAAUUGAUGGAAGACGCUCUCCGGUUGUUGCUGGUGCUUUAUGUAAAACCCAUAAUAUGUUCAUACUUCAUGCCAACAGGUGUUAUCAAAUAGAUUCGUUAUUCAAACA